AUGGUGAAGCGAGAUCAUGCGGAGAGACUCCGUGUGAGAAUAAGUUUUGAAGGUUUGUUCUAUGUGGAUAGUGUGAGGAAUGGUGGGGGACUGGCUUUGUUGUGGAGGAGGAAUAAUACAGCUACACUACUGGGCUAUUCGAAAAACCAUGUGGAUAUUGAGGUCCGAAUGUUAUCAGGAGAGACAUGGCGUAUGACGUGUUUCUAUGGCUUCCCUAAGAGUAGUCAAAGGCGAGAAUCAUGGGAGUUGCUUAAAUCUUUGGUGGGGAAGUCUCCGCUUCUGUGGGUUGUAAUAGGAGAUUUUAAUGAUCUCUUAUUCCAGCAUGAGAAAAGGGGAACCAAUCCACAUCCAGAUAGCUUUCUCCGGGGUUUCAGUGAAGCUGUGGAUGAGUGUGGAUUGCGCCAGUUACCUAUGAGGGGAUACCAGUUCACAUGGGAGAAGUAUAGUGGAACGGAUCAAUGGUUGGAGGAGAGACUAGAUAAGGUACUGGCAACGAUGGAGUGGUGUGAUGUGCAUGGAGGGGCGGGUGUGGAGAACAUAAUUACUAGUAACUCGGAUCAUUCAGCUCUGUUUCUUGAUAUGAAUGCACGAAAAAGGGGAGGAGGAAGGGUUCCGAGGAGGUUCAGGCUUGAGAUGGCAUGGCUGCUUGAUGAGGGGUGUAGAGAAGUGGUGGAAACUGCCUGGCAAGGGGGGAGGACAAAGGGGUUGUUGAAUUGUCAACAACGAUGUGGGGAUAGACUGAUGCGCUGGGGCGGUGACCAUUUUCAUAAGUUUGGAGAGCAUAUCCGGCGACUCCGCAGGGAGCAGGGGCGGAUCCGAGGUAGGAGGGAUUCGGCAUCUUUGGCUCAGUUCCAGCUGUUAAAUAACCAGAUCUCCCAGUUAGAAGCCCAGGAAGAUGUCUUUUGGAGGCAGAGAGCGAAGCAGCAUUGGCUUCGUGGCGCAGAUGCGAAUACGAAAUAUUAUCACAGGUACGCUUCUGCUAGAAAGAAAAAGAAUACUGUUUCUAAGCUGUUGAAUGAGAAUGGGGUAUGGGUGGAGGGACAGGAUAUGAAUAAUGUAGUAAUCAACUAUUUCAAUACAAUUUUUGCUACUAGUAAUCCUGUGUGUGAGGAUCCUUUGUUUGAUGAGUUUGGGCCCCGUGUGACAAUUGACCAGAAUAAGGCAUUGUUGUGUCCCUAUGAUGUGGCCGAGGUCAAAACUGCUUUAUUUGCCAUGUAUCCUGACAAGGCACCGGGACCGGAUGGGAUGAAUCCCGGAUUUUAUCAGCGUUUUUGGGAUAUAGUUGGGGAGGAUGUGUCUGAUUUUGCUGUUAAUUGUUUGAAUUCAGGUGAAGUCCCGGGUGAUUUGAAUGCGACUAAUAUUGUUUUGGUCCCGAAAAAGAAUGAUCCUACAACUGUGGCGGAUUUGAGGCCUAUUGCCCUCAGUAAUGUAUUAUACAGGAUUAUGGCAAAAAUGAUUGCUAACAGGUUGAAACCUAUGCUGGGGGAUCUGAUUUCAGACUCUCAGAGUGCCUUCAUUCCAGGAAGGCUUAUAACGGAUAAUAUACUUGUGGCGGCAGAGGUGGGCCACUUUUUGAAUCGUAAACAGUGUGGAGUGGCUGGGUGGGGAGCACUUAAACUGGAUAUGGCGAAAGCCUAUGAUAGGAUGGAGUGGCCAUUCUUGAAAAGGAUGCUGGAAGUAAUGGGUUUUGAUGAAAGAUGGAUUAAGCUGAUAAUGACAUGUGUUACCACUGUAUCAUACAGUGUGAUGAUCAAUGGUGUGAGUGGAGGUCAGGUGCAACCAACAUGGGGUCUCAGACAGGGAGAUCCACUUUCACAUUUCUUAUUUAUUAUUUGUGCUGAAGGUUUAUCCAUGCUUUUGCAGAAAGAACAGGCAGUAGGAUCUAUUCACGGUUGUAGAGUGGCUAGGGGAGCCCCCCCAAUAUCACACCUAUUUUUUGCUGAUGAUAGUUUGUUGUUCUUUAAAGCAAAUGUCCAGGAAGCUAUGGUGGUUAAGCAGUGUUUGGAAAGGUAUGGGGAGUUAUCUGGUCAGUUGGUAAACUAUCAUAAAUCUAAUAUAUGCUAUAGUAAGAAUACUGCGGAACAGAUGAGAGAGGAGGUGGCCGAAUGUCUGGGCGUGGAACAGGCAAGAAACUUUGGAAAAUAUCUGGGGUUACCCUCUUUUAUAGGGAGAAAUAAAAGGGCAGUUUUCUCUUAUAUAGAAGAUAAAAUCAGACAGAGAGUUUUCUCGUGGAACAAGAAAUUGUUAUCACAGGCUGGCAAAGAGGUGCUUUUGAAAAGUGUGGCUCAGUCUAUGCCUACAUUUUCAAUGAGUGUUUUUUUGCUCCCUGAAUCAGUUUGCGAGUGGAUACAAAGGGCCAUGAAUAGGUAUUGGUGGGGGAAAGGGCCAGACAGAGGAAUCCACUGGAAAGCAUGGAAUAAAUUGUGUAUCCCUAAGAAGUUUGGUGGAUUGGGGUUUAAAGACCUGAGGAAUUUUAAUCUGGCAAUGUUGGGUAAACAGGCAUGGCGUUUCUUAACGAAACCAGGAUCUCUGGCAGCACGAAUAUAUAAAGCAAGAUAUUUCCCAAAAACUUCUUUUGUUGAUGCAACGGUGGGAAAUAAUCCCAGCUUUUGUUGGCGAAGUAUUAUGGCUGCUCAUGAUUUUGUUAUUGCCCACGUCCGCAGGAGAAUUGGAAAUGGCCAGGAGACUUUGAUAUGGGGUCAUCCGUGGUUGCAGGAUAAUCCUAGUCCAUUGGUUCAAACAGUAAUGCCUGAACCAUUAAGGGAUGCAGUUGUUGCAGGUUUAAUAGAUCAGCAAACAAAAACAUGGGACCCCCAUAUUUUAACAGAUUUAUUUGAACCAGAGGAUGUGGAUCGUAUAUUGAGAAUACCUGUGAGCCCAGACUAUAAAGACAUAUGGUAUUGGCAUAAUGAUGCGAAUGGUUGCUACACUGUAAAGGAUGCUUAUAGGCGUCUAAUUGGAGAAUUUAAUCACACCUUGGAAGAAUUUGAUAAAUGGAUUACAUUGUGGAAGUUGAAAGUCCCCCCCAAGUGGAAAACUUUUUUAUGGAGAGCGGUGUGUGAUAUACUCCCAACCACAACAAAUUUGAUUAUAAAGAGGGUAGAUGUGAACCCAACAUGCAUGUUGUGUGGUCUUACACAUGAGAAUGUUAUGCACUCAUUAGUUUUAUGUGAUUAUUCUAGAGCCGUAUGGAAUAUUUCGGGAUUGCCUAUUAUGAAUAUUUUUUCAACAUCUUUCCCGAAUUGGCUUAUGACUGUUAUGGAUAUGCUCACAGGCGAACAGGUCAGACGCGCUGUGGGGGUCCUCUAUUUUUUAUGGAGGGCCAGAAACGAGGCGGUCUGGGACCAUGCGGUACGGAGACCGGAGGUGGUGUGGCGCCGUGCAGCUGCGGGGGAGGCGAGCUACACGGCACUUCAUUCUUGCCCAGCGGCGGCACCGGCCGGCGGGGUGCAGACAGUGGCAGCCGGGCGGACGGCGUGCUACGUCGACGCCGGAUACGAUCCGGGAACGGGAAAUGCAACCUAUGGGGCGGUCUUGCUCGAUCCGAAUGGUUUGUUCAAAGCAGCGGCAAGCGGAAAACUCCCGGGGUGUUUAACUCCUCGUAUGGCAGAAGCACUAGCAUGCAAGGAAGCCUUGUCCUGGCUUAAAGACCGAAACGAGAACGAGGUGGAUAUUCUUACGGAUUGUCUUGUCUUAAAGAAUGCGGUUCAUGCAGUAACUACACCGAACUUAUCGUAUACUGGAAUUCUGGUUGAGCAGUGCAGGAUAGCUAUUAGUAGUUUCGUUAAUUGUUCGCUUAGUUUUAUUCCAAGAACUUUAAAUUUACAUGCGCAUACUCUUGCUAGAUUAGCCCAUGAUCAGGAUCAUUCUAUGUACUGGGAUUUAAUCCCUCCUGACUCUAUCAUUCAAUUUUUGAAUUAA